GGGAGUUCCUUGCUAAUUAGUGACCUUAAUUCAUCAAUCAAGUACAAGGAAGGAGUGAAAACCCACAGACACUUGGACCUCAGUUGAAUGAGAUUGACACGUGGGUUAGUGCAACCCUUGGGCCGGACCUACCCUAAACCUUACCGUAACCUUUUUUAAAUGUAAAAGUUUGAGGGUGACGUCAGAGUUGGGCCGUCCCAAGGAUCCCAUUUAUACUUUGCAAUUGUCAAAGACGCAUGUUGAUGGAUUUGAAGUAGCCUAUCAACGAAUCCUGACAACACAAGCAUCUCAUUUUGGCCAAGGGUACGGUUGUCCCGCCUCUAAAAAUAAAUCAUACAGGGAUGGUAGUAAUUGGGCUAUGGACAACGAUGCCUCUACAAUUCCUCCAGAAUUAAGAUCAUGGUUGACAUUAAAAACCAAGCGCCUACUACUGAAACUGCGGUCAGAUGCCAUAGUCCAAUCGAAAUUUGAUUGGCUAUUUAUGAGCGAUCUCGUCCCAAAUGAGAGAGAAGUGGUUCUCCUGAUCCCACGUCCAAUGCCAGUGCAAAAUAAAAUAUUUGAAAACAUUGUACAGAAAGGCCAAGGACUGUAAUAGCAGGCGUGGGAACUGGAAACCCAAUGCCCAUUUUAUUCGGGGCUGGAUGCGGUAUUGGGUGACAAUUCCACCACCUGCUCACCUUCAUUCUGGACAUCAGGCUGGGGAGCGCUGUGGACGAUGGAGAUAUUGAGCUGCUUAGCGCUUUAUAGACUUUUUUUUGUUGUCAUGUGAAUAGUUGAAUUCAGCUGCUAUGUCAGCUAUUUAAAUAAUACAGUGGUAUUCUAUUAUUGUCUAUUGAAAUGUUAUACUAAUGUACUCUGGCUAGAUCUAAAGGUAGGCUACAGGUGGAAAAUUAGACCUACACAUUGUAAUCCUUCCCAUGCAUCCCGAUACAUUUGUAGUUCCGUUUAAAUUCUGUAAUGAUAGACUGAUAUACUAUCAACCCCUGAUGAGUGAAAACCCUUGUUCACACUGCAGGCCUUAAUGCUAAAUGUAAUCUGUUUUUCGACUACUGACUGUCCAAACAGCAAGUGACUAAAUCGGAUUUGUGUGAGCAGCAUUUUCUGACAAGACCACUAGUUGUCAUUGUAACAACGUGUGUGUGCAGUGGUGUAGGCUGAUUGGUGGUGGUGCUUGUGCUUAUGGAGCAGGCUAAGGUGACAAUACCUGCCAUGGAGGUUUCUAAGCAGGCUAAGGUGACAAUACCUGCCAUGGAGGUUUCUAAGCAGGCUAAGGUGACAAUACCUGCCAUGGAGGUUUCUAAGCAGGCUAAGGUGACAAUACCUGCCAUGGAGGUUUCUAAGCAGGCUAAGGUGACAAUACCUGCCAUGGAGGUUUCUAAGCAGGCUAAGGUGACAAUACCUGCCAUGGAGGUUUCUAAGCAGGCUAAGGUGACAAUACCUGCCAUGGAGAUUUCUAAGCAGGCUAAGGUGACAAUACCUGCCAUGGAGGUUUCUAAGCAGGCUAAGGUGACAAUACCUGCCAUGGAGGUUUCUAAGCAGGCUAAGGUGACAAUACCUGCCAUGGAGGUUUCUAAGCAGGCUAAGGUGACAAUACCUGCCAUGGAGGUUUCUAAGCAGGCUAAGGUGACAAUACCUGCCAUGGAGAUUUCUAAGCAGGCUAAGGUGACAAUACCUGCCAUGGAGGUUUCUAAGCAGGCUAAGGUGACAAUACCUGCCAUGGAGGUUUCUAAGCAGGCUCAGGUGACAAUACCUGCCAUGGAGGUUUCUAAGCAGGUUAAGGUGACAAUACCUGCCAUGGAGGUUUCUAAGCAGGUUAAGGUGACAAUACCUGCCAUGGAGGUUUCUAAGCAGGUUAAGGUGACAAUACCUGACAUGGAGGUUUCUAAAUCAUAGUGUAAGAACACUUCUAAAUCCUCAAAGGAAAAGAUGAUCCAACUUUCAAAACAAGUCCCUUUUGGCCACAGUAGUCAACUAGCUAGCUGUUUAGCUCUCUGGCACAUUCACUAUUUGUUUGUAAACAACAAGCUAGUUUUCUACCAUAUGUUCUUGUCAAACUGUCAACAGAGUAGCUAGCAAGCAACAAGAUAUGCCAAAUAACAGUCUAAAAACCACUUGAGGGCAAAUCAGAUUUGACCGCUCAGACAAGUCACAGGGCCAGGAAUCAGAUUUGUUUCUGACUUAACAACCUAUAUCCUAUUCCAUGUGCUUUUUGGCUGUUCAGACUGCAGGAAAAAGAACCGAUUCUAAUUGGAUGUGCAAAUCAAUAGGAUUUGAGUCACUUUAAACUGCCAAUGUGAACACGGCUAAAGAGAGACUGGCACUGAAUUAUCAAUGAUUUAUAGGAAACCUAAAAGACGUUCACCCAGCACGUCACAUUUUUGUUCCUUUGGUAAAACUGUUUAGGCAUACUAAAUAAGAAUCUGGCCCCUGGAAUAUAAUGCAAUUCUUUUACAUUUUAUUCUAUGU